UUUGCGAGCAGAGUGUCUCCAAGAUGGCCGCUUGGGGAAGGAGGCGUCUUGGCCCGGGCAGCAGUGGCGGCAGCGCCCGAGAGAGGGUGAGCUUGUCGGCCACAGACUGUUACAUCGUGCACGAGAUCUACAAUGGGGAGAACGCCCAAGACCAGUUUGAGUAUGAGCUGGAGCAGGCCCUGGAAGCCCAGUACAAGUACAUCGUGAUCGAGCCCACGCGCAUCGGCGACGAGACUGCCCGCUGGAUCACCGUGGGCAACUGCCUGCACAAGACCACCGUGCUGGCGGGCACCGCCUGCCUCUUCACCCCGUUGGCGCUGCCCUUAGAUUACUCCCACUACAUCUCCCUGCCCGCAGGCGUGCUCAGCCUGGCCUGCUGCACCCUCUACGGCAUCUCCUGGCAGUUUGACCCUUGCUGCAAGUACCAAGUGGAGUACGACGCCUAUAAACUGUCCCGCCUGCCCCUGCACACACUCACUUCGUCCACCCCGGUGGUGCUGGUCCGGAAGGACGACCUGCACAGAAAGAGACUGCACAACACGAUAGCACUCGCCGCCCUGGUGUACUGUGUAAAGAAGAUUUACGAACUCUAUGCCGUAUGAUUUCAGUAGAACAGGGAGAGAAGCAAUCGGCCCGGCCCACGAGAGACCACAGAGUGUUCAGAUUUGCCACAGUAACAGGUUUUUGCUCUGUGAGGCGGCGGCGGAGCCUGGGAAGGUGUUUGGUUUAAUAUCUGUUAUUUUAAAAAAAUAACACAGGUCACAGGCGUACCAAGGGUUUUUCAACUCCUUACACUAAGAUGUGGAUUUCCAUAACCCGCAGGGGGUCCGAGUGGUGGAAGUCUGGGAAGACCGGGCGGUGCGCGUUGGCGGCACGGCUGCCGAGGGGAUGUGAAUGCGCUUGCGGGGGGCGGGGGGAGGUCUUUAAGUAUAUUGUUUAACUGUACCAUCCAGAGCCAACCAGAAGCUAUUGACCAUUAAAAUUAU